CGAAACUUUAUCCCCUAUAAAAACAUCAAAUAAUAUUCACAUUUUUUCACACACAAAAAGGAAAAAAUAUGGCUGAAAUUCUAAAGUUUGUUUAUACUUUUAUUCUAUUAAUUUCAUUAUUUAUUGUCGCAACAAAAGCUGAUGGAGCUAUUGAAUGUGAAACUGAUGUUGAUUGCAAACCAAAUUAUUGCAUGUUUUUUAGUGGCAUGUGCGUUGAUAACAAAUGUUUAUGUAGUGUGAAGAGUCCAAGAGAAACAAAUGUGUAUGUAGAGGAUGGUUUCUCAGAUUAUAUGAACAUUAAAUCCAAUAGUGUAUAUCAACAACAUGCAGAGAAGAAUGAGAUCUUGCACUAGCAAAAAAAUAAAUUACUGAGACAUAUUUUAUGAUACAAGCCUUCCAUAAGCUGUCAUAUUUAAUUAUGAUGCUAACAUCCAAUAAUUGUAUUUCCACCCUAAUAUCAAAGACCUUGUAGUUAUGAUAAUGUACUUUAAAUUGAUUAAAAUGAAAUGUAAUAAGAAAGCAAAUAGUAUUAUUUAUAUUUUCUUGUUUUCUA